AUGCUCCAUCGUUGCUCGCUGCCCGGUGCCUUCCGGGUGGACGAUUCCGAGACCCACCUACCACCCAACCUACCGGGAACGUCGUUCUUCGCUCGGGUCCUGAAAUACCUGCGAUCCACGCUGCUCGUCUCACCGAAGCACCCGGAAACGCUCAACUACUACCGGAGCAGGACGAAGAUAUCGGCCGAAAACGAGCGUCUCGUGCACCAUCUGCCACCGUUCAUCAUUCAUCCGUUCAGCGUAUUCCGGAAGUGUUGGGAGUCUGUCGUUUUCAUUGCCCUCACGCUCCAUCUACUGACCAUCGCGUUUCUGUUUUCCUUCGCCAUCAACCUGGAACGUUCGACGUUGCUGCUGCUGCAGCUGUUCGAUAUCCUGCUCUGUCUACUGUUGGCUCUUGAAUUUGUCCUCCAGCUGGUCACCGGGUAUGUGUGCGAAGGUGAGAUUGUCCUCGAGUUGAGCAAGAUCGUACGCCAUCGGUUACGUUGCUGGACCAUCGGUAAUCAGCUUCUGCUUUUCGUGCCGUACGUACUAGUGCUGGACGAGCUGGUGGUCGCGUUCUAUCAGGAUGCCGUCCUUGUGUAUCUCUGCCUGUUCGUCUACCUAUAUCUGCUGUGUAUCUGGCGCUUUAGAAACAUCAAUGCAUACUUGGAUACGUUCGCCAAAGGUUGGCUUAACCUUUCGCUCAAACAACUCAACUUCAUCAAACCCAUUCUGAGUACACUGUACGUGCUGCACUGGACGGCCUGUCUGUUGUACAUCGCUCCCAUGUUGGCCCUCUCACUGCUGCGUGAGGAUGAAGACGAAUCCCACUUGCUGGUGGAUGUCCUGUGGACGUAUGAUCAGCACCGAGAUGCGAUGCUCUAUCCCAUAAGUCACCGGAAUCGGCUUGAGAUCGGCGACGUACGGCAGUACCUUGGUGAACUGCUUAGCCGUCAAUUGCUGGAACAAGAGGACGACACGGAUAGUAGAGCAUUCCUGCAGGCCAAACUCGAUGAUGUACACUACAACGUUAGCGUGGCUUAUCGCUAUUUGCGAGCGCUAAUGAUCACACUCAAGGUCGGUCUGCAAGGUGGUCAUUCGCUGUCCGUGGGCCAUCACUUUCUGCACGAAUGGAUGCAAUCGCUGCUGCUGCUGUGUGGAUGGAUUUGGUCGACCUACAUCCUACUACUGCUGAUUCGCUCGAUCAUGAUGGAAGACGCCAGCAGUACACAGUACGAUGAAGUGCUGAACGAGAUCAAUGCAUUCUGUCUAAAGAAACGCCUCAGUCAAGCGCAGCACUAUAAACUGUGUCGCCAUUUUGCGUACCAUUACCGGAUGCACUACUUCAACGAGCGGGCCGUGCUGGCGCACACGUCCGGCAAUCUGCGCCGCCAGGUCCUGAUGGAUGUGACACAGCCGGCUUGUCUGAACCGGUCCGAAGUAUUCCGUGACCUGCCGGCCUAUCUGCUCGAGGACAUCACCGAGCGGUUGCGAUUUGAGCUGUUCCUGGAGCAGGACACGAUCACGACGGCCGGUAGCACGGCGGACGCGAUAUAUUUUCUAGCAUGCGGAACUGCCGCCGUCUACACACCGGACGGGGUGGAGCUCGGCCACCUGGUGGAUGGAGCCAACUUCGGUGCCGUGGCCCUGUUUAGAAGGGACGCCCGGCGCACGGUAAGUGUUGUGGCGCUGGAAGUAUGCGAGGUUUACUGGCUGGAACGAGCCGAUUUCCAGCAACUGAUGAAGCCGCACCCCUAUCUGUGGGCCCAGACGGUGAAGCAGGCCGAGAAGCGGAUCAAAGAGGCGGCACUAUCGAACGAAGACCAGUACUUUGAUACCUUCCUGUACUAA